UUGUGCGGCGUCCAGACGGGCGUUUGUGAAACGCUCGGUUGAGCUUUACGAAAGCAAGCAAACGUGAAUAUGCCUCCGAAAGCCCACCGCUCCCACGGGUUUGUUUGUCUUUGAUGAGGACGCUCGUGUUCGCGGCGUGGCUCGCGUGCUACCUGUCCGCCCUGCUGAUGCUCCGGAGAAUGUGGACGGGAAGGUACUUGCGCAGCCCGCUAGCGCGCGCUCUCUUCGCGCACAUGGAGAGGGAGGACGGAGCGCUGGAGUAUGGCGGGGAGUGGUACCGCUGCUGUCCUGACAUGCUGGGGGAGGCUGUGCGGCCCCUGUUUAUCCAGAACCACCUGGACUCCGACACUCGGGCCUUCCUGAGGCGCAGCGAGGAGAAGUCCGGCUGGCUGUUCACGCAGCUUUACCAUUCCUUCUUCUCCACCAUCUUUAGCCCAGUUGUCUCCCGCACAUCCAUCAAUGGGUUCUUGGGCAGGGGCUCCAUGUUUGUGUUCUCCAGCAAUCAGUUUCGCGGUCUCCUCGGGAUCAGCCCGGACUGGCGGGGCGGCAAGCUGUUGGACCUGGGAGCUGGAGAUGGCAGAGUCACGGAAGUGAUGGGUGCGCAUUUCCGGGAGGUCUAUGUCACUGAGGUCUCCAUUCCAAUGCAGUGGCAGCUUCAGAGGAAGAACUACAUGGUACUGGAUAUUGACGGGUGGCAGGGGAUGGGCUUCCAGUAUGACUUGAUCAGCUGUUUGAAUCUGCUGGACCGCUGCGAUCAGCCUCUUGUCCUGCUCAGGGAUAUCAGGCGCUCCUUGGUGCCUGGGUCAGGCAGGCUCAUCCUGGCCGUCGUCCUGCCCUUUCAGCCCUAUGUGGAAGUCGGUGGGAAAUGGGAGCGGCCAAAAGAAUACUUGAAAAUGAGUGGAAAGACAUGGGAGGAGCAGGUGACACAGCUGUCCGAUGAGGUGUUCAAGGAGGCAGGGUUUGUGGUGGAGGCGGUGACGCGGCUGCCGUACCUUUGCGAAGGAGACUUGUACAAAGAUUUCUAUGUUCUGGAUGAUGCUGUGUUUGUGCUGAAGCCGAUAGGAUGAAGAUACUAGCCGCACAUACCUCAGGGGUCAUAUGGUUGGCCAGUAAAGAACCGUACUUGAGUUUGGUGCCUCUAAGAAAUCAUUUCCUUACAGCAACAUGUGUGUGUUUAUUUUUAAUGUAUUUUUAAAAUGGAUACUGGUUUACUGCAAUU